UAUUAUGGAGAGAGAACCAUCGCGUCAUGGCAGGAUGUGAGCCUUCAGCAGGGCAUCGUGGACCUGUCCCUCCCGCUGGCCAUAGACUCAGCCUUGGGCAGUUACACCAUCAAGGUGGAGGAGAAGACUCACACCUUCUAUGUGGAGAAAAACAGUGAGUGGGGAUGAAGGCUUUUGGGAGCCAUCAUGCUGGAUGGCAAGAAAUGGGCAAGGAGGAAGUGGGCAGGCUCCUGUUUCCCGUUAUUCUCCUGCAGGGCCACGCCACUUCCAAGUGCUUCUCCAGCUGCCGUCCUUUGUGACGGUGACGGACGAGAAGAUCCCACUGCAUGUCUGCGGGUGGUACCCAUCUGGGAAACCUUUCCGGGGCAGGGCUGAGGCCAGCCUGUGCCAGUGGCGCAAAUUUUAUCCGAAGGAAUCUGACAGAUGUGCUACAUUUGUGGCCGAGACAGGGAGGAACGGCUGCUUCUCCACCCAGAUACCCACGGCUUCUUUCAACCUGACCAGCCCCGACUAUGAGAGGCGGCUCCACGCCAACGCAACUCUGAUAGAGCGGAGGACCGGGAAGUUGCAUAGCCUGACUAAAAGCUGUAACAUUCUGCCUGAAAUGCCCACUGCUGCGUUCAAGAACACCGAUGGUUUCUACAAGCAUGGGAUGCCCCCCGCUGGCACGGGUGAUCUCAAGGAAGUGCCUCUGCCCUCAGAGCAUGAAAGCCAAAAUGACAGUACCGUCCUGAAUUCCUCCUCUUCAGACAGCCAAAGUUUCUUGAAGAUCCGCAGGAUGAAAAGGACGCCACCCUGCAGCCAGCCCCUGCGGCUCCGGGUGGAUUACGUCCUCAACAAGGAGGCCCUGGGGACUGAGCUGCAGAGCGUGGAUGUGGUCUUCCUGGUCAUGGCCAGAGAUACCAUUGUCAGCAUCCUCAGGAAGGAGCUGCCCGUGGAGGCAGGGCUGAGAGGCUCCUUCUCCCUGGAACUGCCUGUUGGCCCCAGGCUGGUGCCCACGGCCAUGGUGCUGGGCUAUGUGAUGCUGCCCGGCGGCAACGUGAUGGGCGACUGGGCUGAGCUGCAUGUUGCCAUGUGCUUCCCCAGCCAGGUGAAGCUGUCUUUCCCGGAGCAGAAGGCUCUGGCGGGCUCACAGGUCCGCCUGAAGGUGCAGGCUGCCCCAGGUUCCCUCUGUGCCAUCCACACCAUGGAUCAGCCCACAUCGUACUAUGGUCUCAAGGCUGCCCUCAGCUCUGAAGCGGUCUAUAACUUACGCCCAUCUUCCGAAGACAACUCUUAUUCUGAAUAUGGAGCAACCUGUGUUGUCCAUAACAUACGCCCAGGAACCUCUGUACGGUUCGACCUGGUUCAUGUGCAUAUCGCAGCCGCUAUACCACUCAACCCGUUUGAUGUGCCUGUCCUCACAUACAAACAGCGGCAUGCUAGGCAGGCAGCAGAGUUUCGCAGCUCUCAGGACCCGUGCGACCCGGGUGUGCGUGCAGCUUUGAGAACUGUCACCAACACCGUCCUGAACAGCUCUAUGGCAUUCCAAACAGUGGCAGGGCUGGAGAACUACGAGCAGGAAGGUGAGAGAGAGCCCCAACCCUGGCAGGACCUAGCACCGCAGAAGGAUUUUCCUGGGACGUGGCUGUGGGAGCUGGUCCCUGUGGGGGAGGAGGGCUCCGUGGAGGUGCCGGUGACGGUGCCUGACGCCAUCACAGACUGGAAAGCUGGGAUGUUCUGCACGGCACCCACGGGCUUGGGGAUAGCCCCUACCGUCACCCUCUUGACCUUCAAGCCCUUCUUUGUGGAGCUGGCGCUGCCCUAUGCUGUGACCCGGGGCGAAGCCUUCACCCUGGCUGCCACCGUCUUCAACUACCUGCAGCAGUCCCUGCGGGUUCGGGUGACGCUGGCAGAGUCGGCGGAGCUGGAGGUGUCAGCGAGCGCAGAUGGUGCGGAGAGCAGCUGCAUCUUGGGGUUCAAAGCCAGGACCUUCCGGUGGGACGUGAAAGCCACCAGCCUGGGGAAGGUGAACAUCACCGUCACCGCCCAGGCGCUGCACUCCCAGGAGCUCUGCAACACUGAGGUGCCCGUGGUGCCGGCGCAGGGGCACGUGGACACUGUGACGAAGCUGCUGGGGGUGGAGGUGAACGCGGAGGUUUUAAAGCACAAAAGACCGAUGUGAAUGGAAAUUACAGCUGCCUGGCUCUUGUUCUGCUCCUGACCCCAUCGUACCCACCAGGCAGCUGAGGUCUUGAGCCUCUUCCCACCCCUGCUUCAUCCCCUUCACCUGAGUGCAGCCUGCAGCUGCGUGCUUCAGACAAGAAAUCCACGACCCACCCGUGCCCCCCUCCCUCCCUGGCAGCCCUGCUGUCCCCCAUGCUUCGGGGGCUGGUGGGGACCCUCUGCUGUGCUGCCACUGGGGAGGCAUGGUUUUCCACGAGCUGAUGCUGGUACAAUUCCUUGGAGAAGGGAUGACACCCAUGACAGCAUGAGUAGAGGUAGGGAGAGGAGGUGCCCCAGGCACAGCCCAGUCCCUGCUCCACCAGGCUGGAAAACGAAAACAAACAAACAAACAAACACAAGAAGGAAAAUAGAAGCAGCAACGUGUUUUUCUUGCAAGAAAGCUCAUUUUCUUCAGGCUCUUUCCCAGCAUUCGUAGCCAGAGCCAGCUUCAUGUCUUAAGUGCUGGCCCUUUCCAUACAGUUCUCAAUGACCCUGUCUUCCUUAAUGAUGUGUAAAAGGGGCUGUAGCUUUAUUUGCAUCCAAUCUUCACUUUAUUUUGACAAAUAAAAAAGCUGAAAUGAAAACUG